AUAGAAAUAGACGGGCAGUGUGUGAGGUAGGAGAGACGCAAUGAGGAGGCGGCGGCGGUCUGGGGGGAGCACAUGAAUCACCCCCUCCCCCUCGCUGUGUGAUCAGACGGGGAGGCCGGGGCUUUGUUGCGGUGGUGGCCGAGCGUAUACCGCCGCUUCUCCCGCGGACAGGACACGAUGGCUCGGCCGUGAAGGGGCGCAGCCCGGGGGACCCCGUCUUCUCCCCCCGGCUGGAGGAUGCUGAGUAACAGGCUGCCCAUACAAGAGCGCACAGACCUCACAGCUGUGGGCCGAUUGCGGAAGGCACAGGGGCGCCAUCCGUUUUGCGGACCGCAAAAACAGCACUGUCGUGUGCAUGAGCCCUUAGAGAAAGAAUUCCAUCUUGGUGUCAUCUUCGAAAUCUUUUCACCUUCAGAAAUUUCUAAAGCCCCUACAUCUGUGGAUAAAGAUGGUGUUUGCCCAUGGAAUGGAUGUCCAGAGGCCUCGGCUCAUCCUACCUACCCUCCUCUAUCCGAUGCCAAAUAAUAGUCUGACCACCUGUCCAAUCUCAGCUGGAGAACCAUGGAUCCCAGGACUUUACAAAGACAGCACCAUGGGGCAGAGGAACAUUACUGGUCCAGUCCAACUUCUAUUUCCUGGGGAGGUAGCAACGGCUGGUUUGAUCUUUGGGAUUAUAUGGAUCCUCUCAGUGUUUGGCAACGCUUUGGUUUGUCUCGUCAUUCACCGGAGCCGUCGGACCCAGUCAACAACUAAUUACUUUGUGGUGUCUCUGGCAUGUGCAGAUUUGCUGCUUAGCCUUGGUAGCGCCCCUUUCACACUAUUACAAAUCACGUCUGGUCGAUGGGCAUUGGGCAGCGCCAUGUGUAAAUUGGCACGUUAUUUCCACUACCUGACACCAGGAGUCCAGAUCUAUGUACUUCUGUCAAUCUGCCUUGAUCGUUUCUACACCAUCUUGUAUCCUCUGAGCUUUAAGGUCUCUAGGGAAAAAGCUAAAAGGAUGAUUGUGGCUUCGUGGCUCUUCGAUGCCGCCUUUGUUUCUCCAGCAUUCUUCUUUUAUGAUGUUGUGGACGGACACUGCAACUUCUUCCCACCUCCGUCCUGGGAUGGGGCAGUGUAUGGUGUGGCCCAUCUUCUGGUGGGCUUCCUUGUGCCCUCUACUCUCAUCCUCCUCUUUUACCAGAAAGUAGUGAAAUAUAUUUGGCGCAUUGGCACUGACAGGCUGAGUGUCAGACGCACCAUGAACAUUGUGCCCAGAACCAAAGUCAAAACAAUCAAAAUGUUCUUGAUGUUAAAUACAAUAUUCCUGGUAUCAUGGUUGCCCUUCUAUGUUGUGCAGUUGUGGCAUCCGGAAGAGAGUGACCAGCGCCAGUGCUGCCUUGCCUAUCUAGCAGUUUCCUGGCUCUCCUUCGGUUCCUCGGCUGCCAAGCCAACCCUGUACUCUGUAUAUAAUGCCAACUUCCGACGUGGCAUGAAGGAGACCUUUUGUAUGUCAUCCAUGAAGUGUUAUCGGAGCAAUGCUUACACUAUCACCACCAGUUCCCGCAUGGCAAAAAGGAACUACGUUGGCAUAUGUGAAAUGCCCAUCCCGGGCAAAACUGCAGUCAAGGAAUCAGUUUAUGAUUCAUUUGAUCGGGAAGCUAAAGAGAAAAAACUGGCUUGGCCCAUCGAUUCCAACCCUCCGAACACAUUUGUGUAAUUGUUCCUUUCCUGUACCAAACAAGAUACCAAUACAAUGCCUGCAGUUCUGUGCUUGACACAGAAAUGCCAAAACUGGAGAUCAACUCCCAGAGUGGCAAUUAUUGGACUCCAGGUCUUACUGGGUUAUAUUUUUGUUUAUUUAAUAAAAUAAAAAAGGAAAUAAUAUAAUAAGUAUUUUAAGUGAAGCAAUAUUUAUUUUAUCACACUUGGAAAAUUGAAAGAGAAAAGAAAAAUUGACUUCUGAAAAUUCCGGAUUUUGGUUCUGUAAAUAAAAUAUAUCUGAGUAUAGGAAGUCACAUACAGACCCAAGGUUUUUCCACGGCUCGGUCUGGUCUGCAUUACAGUGUUGCAUUGUAGUCUCAUUUGCUGUUGUCACGGUAACAUUGUAUCAUGUUUAUUUUUGGUGCAAUAUAUCGGAAAGGAGCCCCUAGGAAAUGAAAUGACUGUUCUUUUGUAGUAAACAACCUGCUGUCAUAAUUGUCGUGGUCAGUCUAGAUUUCUGGAAAGAACGUCGCCUGACCAGAAUGAGAGCGAGAGGCAACGUCCUGUUCAGAUCUCCCUGUUCCUUGUCUUGUAAGAUCAUCACUUGUUUACAAAAGGGCUAAAUUUCAACAAAAUAAUCCAUACCAUUAGACAGAUUCUUGCCAUAGUUUAACUCGGUUCUUUUGUGUUUUUUAUUUUAGUUUAUACUUUAUUUUUUAAAUCAUUCUAUGUGUUUAUCGGAUAAUAGGAUGCUCCAAGGUUAGGUGGAAGAACAUAAUUAACAUGAUUGUGAUAAUUAAAGGGCUUGUCCAGGGUUCUGCUGAUAAUGGUAUGGCUACAUGCCGACGCUGGCCGCGGCCAGGAACGCAGGGGGAUCAAAGUGUAGCAGUGACCCCAUAGGAAUUAAUGGGAUUGCAGCACGACUCGCAUGUUUGCUUUGAUCCUAACACGCGAGUCACAAAAAAAUCCAACACUCACCGAGGCACUGUGGCCUUCUCACAGCUUAGCCUAGGCCAGUGAUGCCACGUUCAUUGGUCACGUGGCCUAUGUGCAUCUCAGUCCCAUUAAUCAGAUACUAAUGACCUAUUCUGAAGAUAGAUCAUCAGUAUGAAGGGGCAUUCACAUGACCGUACCUAUUUUGCGGUCCUCAAAACACACAUACCGGCCGCGUGCAUCACAU